CAACACUACUAUAUAACAAAUAAUUUGAGAAUCAAAAAAUGGCUAACAAACAACCUGCGUGGAUGGCAUGGCCUCUCCCUCCAGGUUGGGAGGCAAGGUACGACAGUGGUACUCGGAGAUACUUUUUCAUCAAUCAUCAAACCAAAGCGACUCAGUGGGUUGACCCUCGAAUCGCCAUCUAUGAAGAACAGCAGAGAACGCUACAGAAUCAAGCCCAACAAGAAGCUCAAAAUCAGCUCAGAAUCAGUCAGCAAAAGCACCUUCAACAGCAAAGACAACGAGAAGCUCAGAGAGAGGCACAGGAGCGCCAAAAACAAAGGGAAUUUCAACAGCAACAGCAACUGGAAGCACAAGGUCAGAGAGAGGCACAGGAUCAGGCUCAGCAACAGAGAGAACUUCAGCAGCAACAAAAGGAUCAAGCUAAAAAAGAAGCACAAAAUCGCCAGCAAAGGGAACUACAGCAGCAGCAACAAGCGCAAAGUCAAGGAGAGGCUUAUGAGCGUCAGCAGAGAGAAAUUCAACAGCGAAGACAAGCCCAAGCUGAACGGGAAGCUUUAGAACGUCAACAGAAAGAACUUUAUGAGCUAGCACAGCGGGAAGCCUAUGCUCAGCAACUGGAAUCUCAACAAAGUCAAACUCAAAGCGCGAGCGCAAGCGCUGCAGCAGAUGCCGAUAAAAGAGAAGACGCAGCCAGACAGGAGAGAGAGCAACAAGAUGAUGAGCGUCGGGAGAGGGAACGUCAAGAACGCCAGCGUCAACAACAGAGGGUCAUGUUCGCUCCGGUAGCGGAACCAGAACCAGAACCUGAGCCUGAAGAGGCUCAAGAGGAAUACGAAUUUGAAGUGGAUCUAGACGAUGCUGAUUUUGGCCCUAGCGCUGGAGAAAAAGUUGCAGUCAUUGAUAGUUUCAAGGAGAAAUAUCCUAUGCUGGAUGAAAGUAUCCUUAGUAUGGCCCUUGAGGCUUGCUCGUGGGACACUGACAUUGCUACUACUAUUUUCGAGGAACAAAAAGAGGAGCAUGAAAAGGAGCAGGCGAGGAGAGCGGAGAUAAUGAGAAGGAUGAUGGGAUCUGACGAGCCUGCCAGACCUGCACAACCAGUUGUGGAGGAGAACUUUAAUAUCUUUGACGAUCAGGAAGAAGAGGCUGCAAACUCAGAAGAUGAAGCAGCAGCUUUGGCAGCAGCCAGAAGAGAAGAGGACGAACGCAGAAACGCAGAGAGAAAUAGAGCCAGAGAAGAAAGAAGGCAGCGCAGACUAGAAGAGCAGGAACGAAAGAAGGCUGCACGUUCCUCUACUCCUAAGGAGCGCACUCGCACUGAGCGACCAGCAGCUACUCGACCAAAACAGGAACGAGCCCCUAGUGAUCAGCCUGCCUAUGUCUCUAAGAAUGCAGUUGGUCGAGACCCUUCACUUGCUAUAGGACGUGACCCAAGAAUGGUUGGCGCAAAAUCAAAUUUGGCUCUUGGUAGAGACAGCUCCUUAGCCAAAGGAUCCGACGGCACAUACUCGAGCGGGAGCGACUGUUCUCUGGCUGUUGGAAGAGACCCAUCUAUGGUCGGGCAUAGAGUUAACUUGGCACAGGGCCGAGAUUCCUCUAUAGCACUCGGCAGAAACCCUAAGCUCGUUGGGUGCAAUUGAUGCCUCGUCGAGACGUGAUAGAAAUGUAUCAUGAUCAGUCUUUAUUGCUUGAAGUUGAACUGACAAUCUUGGGAUUUGUCCUUUGAAAGACUUUGUCCUUAUAUUGUAUUUACAAGUAUUGUUAGAAAUUAGAACAGUGUACAUUCUGCAUGUAUUAUUAUGAUAACUUUGUUAUCCUUAAUCAGCACAGACCUACUAAAUAUUGUACUGUAUUAUGAUAGAAUUUGUCAACUAAAGAAUAUGAUCAUUGGUAUUAUAUCGAUGAUUUAGAUUUAUUUAGAUUUAUUUAGAAUUAUAAUUUUAAGUUUCUUGUGAAAUGUGAACUCGACUUAUUAAUAUAGUAAGCAUAAACAAAAAAUAUGCAUGCUUCAAGUCUUGAAAAAAACCAUCCCGGAAGAAUAAGGAAAUGUUCAAUUUAGGUAUUAACUCGAGCAAGUAGAUUUUUAGCGCCAUCUUUUUGAAAUAGUUUGGUCCGAUAUUUUAGAUGCAAAUCUAUAGUACUAUUAAAUUGAAUACAAAUGUACAGUGUAAACUCAAGUUUUAAAAUUUGUUGAUAAUAUUGAUGUAUACGCUUUUGUUUUUACUUUGAACUAAUGUUGUCAGGGAUUUUGCCGAACUGAGCACUUUCUACUCAUUUUGUGUUUUCUGUUAUCAUUUUUUUUUCGAGUGAGAGUUUGAAUAUGUAUUCCUCACCUGACAAACCUACAGUAUAUUUGAAAUGUGUAGAUAUAAUACAUUUAAACGAUUUUAGAUAGCUUAUCAGUCUACAGUUAUACAAUUAUGUUCUAGUAUAUGAAAUUGUUGUCGUGAUAAGAAUUUUCCCUGGUCUACAA